AUGGAGACCGAGCCCACAGAGCAGGUCUCCUGGGGCGCAUAUUCUGGCGACGAUGAGGAGGCCUACUCAGCGGAGCCUCUGCCAGAGCUGUGCUACAAGGCGGAUGUCCAGGCCUUCAGUCGAGCCUUCCAAUCCAGCAUCUCCCUGACGGUGGCCGCGCUGGGCCUGGCAGGCAACGGCCUGGUCCUGGCCACCCACCUGGCAGCCCGGAACGCCGCCCGCUCACCCACCUCCGCCCACCUGCUCCAGCUGGCCCUGGCAGACCUUCUGCUGGCCCUGACCCUCCCCUUCGCCGCAGCGGGGGCCCUGCACGGCUGGAGCCUGGGAAGUGCCACCUGCCGUGCCAUCUCGGGCCUCUACUCGGCCUCCUUCCACGCAGGCUUCCUCUUCCUGGCCUGCAUUAGCGCCGACCGCUACCUGGCCAUCACGCGGGCCCUCCCGGCCGGGCCGAGGCCCUCGGGGCCGGGCCGGGCACAUCUGGUCUCCGUCACCGUGUGGCUGCUGUCGCUGCUCCUGGCGCUGCCUGCUCUUCUUUUCAGCCAGGACGGGCAGCGGGAAGGGCAGCGGCGCUGCCGCCUGCUCUUCCCCGAGGGCCUCGCGCAGACGGUGAAGGGGGCGAGCGCGGUGGCGCAGGUGGCGCUGGGCUUCGCGCUGCCGCUGGGCGUCAUGGCAGCCUGCUACGCGCUGCUGGGCCGCACGCUGCUGGCCGCCAGGGGGCCGGAGCGCCGGCGCGCGCUGCGCGUGGUGGUGGCCCUGGUGGCGGCCUUCGUGCUGCUGCAGCUGCCCUACAGCCUGGCGCUGCUGCUGGACACGGCCGACCUGCUGGCCGCGCGCGAGCGGAGCUGCCCGGCGAGUAAGCGCAAGGACCUGGCCCUGCUGGUCACCGGGGGCCUGGCCCUCGCGCGCUGCGGCCUCAACCCCGUGCUCUACGCCUUCCUGGGCCUGCGCUUCCGCCGGGACCUGCGGCGGCUGCUCCGGGCUGGGAGCUGGGCUGGGAGCGGCCGCCCAGGGCCUCGCCCCCGCGGCCCCCGCUGCCCCCGGCGGCCCCGCCUUUCUUCCUGCUCCGCUCCCACCGAGACGCACAGCGUUUCCCACCGGGACCACUAG